GAAUCCGAGACAGUUUAUUACUCUCAAACGUCAAGAUGCAUCUCUCUCUCUCCGUGUGGCUCUUGGGCUGCGCUGCCUCCCACUCUGUCCUCCCGUUGUGGCGCCGUUAUCUAGACUGGUUUGGGCCCUCUUGCAGUCGGGUGAUGUGCUGUAUAAACUGUUUGAAAGGGGGUUUUGGACCGAAAUCUUAUCGCGGAUACGCUGCCGGCAGAUGGACUAGGCGAGUAACCGCGUACCUUGGGCGCCUCCCCCGCACAGUCGCCAGUGAGUCAAUUUAUGAUGCGUCACGCCAGACUCUGUUGAUCCCUGAGGGAACUUUCCAAAGUGAGUGGUAUGAGACCAACCUGUUCUGUCGAAGUAAAAGUGUACGGAGCGAUGGCCGAGAGAAACUGUGCCAUGGAAGUCAUGCAUUAUAGUUAAGUGUAAGCGAAGUAGGCAGUUUUAUCUCGUACCCGAUCAGGUACCCUCUUUUUUUC